AUGAAAAGACGUCAGAAUAUAUUAAUAAUUAUUCUAAUAAUUUUAAUAUUUUGGAAUUUACCAAAAAGAUACGUUAAAAAAGAAAUGUUGGUAGUGGCAGAUUUCGAUGAAACUAUUACUGUACGUGAUACUAUAGACAUUUUAGCUCAAUUACCGUAUAAGCUUCAUAAACAUGAAAGGGAUUGGAAAUAUUUUCAAGAUACUUAUAUGGAUAAUUAUAUGAAGGUUAUAAAUGAUUUGACCAAACAAAGAAAGUUACCAUUAUUAGAUAAUGAUGAGAAUAUAUCUUGGGAAAUCAAAUAUCAAGAUGGUUUGAAAAAUAUUGAAUUGUAUUCUAUAAAUCUUUUACAACGGGAAAAAUUAUUUAAUGAUAUUUCAUUAAAUGAUUUGAAACAAUUUGUAAUAAAUGAUCCCGUUUGUCAAAAUUUAAUUAAACCUAAAUUUAACGAAUUCUUGAAGAAAUAUUUAUCAAAUGCUUCAAGAAAAUUUGAAAUACUUUCCAUUAAUUGGUCAAAAGAAUUUAUAAAAUAUAUGAUUGAUCCAAAUGAUGAAUUUACUUUUCCUAUAAGUUGUAAUAAUUUACAAAUGAAUUCUUCUGAUUUGAAAUGGGAUGGAAAUUUUGAUCAAAAAAUCAUGACUGGAUCCGAUAAAAGAAGGUAUUUGUUAGAUAUAGUCUCGAAGGAUAAAGAUAUAUGGUAUAUAGGUGAUAGUCAAACGGAUCUUUUAUCACUAUUAUUACCACAAGUAAAUGGUAUAAUCAUGAUGAAUUCUAAAACUCAAUUGGAUAAGUUGGUGACAUUAUUAUCAGGAUCAGCUUCUUUAAAUAGAAAAGAUUAUUUAGAAUUUCUUGAAAAUGAUAACAUCAAAUCCUUAUUAUGGUAUAAAAAAGAUGAAACUCAUGGAUUAUAUCUUGUUAAAGAUUGGAAUAUUAUUGAAAAAAUAGUUAUACCUGUUUCCAAAUAA